AUGGAUAAUGUCGUUUGUGGCUUCGAUGUUGACCAGUGUGCAAAGCAAACCCCUGCUGAUAUCUCGCUACUCUGCGUCUUUUUCCUCUCCUAUGACACCAAUAACUGCACAGUUUUCUUAAGUCUUCAUAUUACUUCUUCGACUAAAUGUGAGCCUGAUCGGGUUCUAAGGUGCAGACAUGUGGCUAUUAUAGAGCCUCCUCCUAAAAUCAUAAGUCUUUUAAGAGAAGCCGGAUUCUAUCAUGCUGCUCACAUUCUUAAUUUCGGAAUUGAUACCGCUCUUGUGAGCGCACUAGUGGAGAGAUGGCGGACAGAAACACGCAAGUUUUACCUUAUAUGCGGUGAAACAACAAUCACUUUGGAAAAUAUGGUGCCAUUACUGGGCUUUCCCAUUAACGGCCAUGAAGUCAUCGGACAGACUUCCAGAUUAGGAAGUGCUGUCUAUGCGGAGUUGCUUGAAGUAGUCCCAUCAGCGGAUCAAAGGAAAGGUCAAAAUAUAACACUAACGUGGCUUGAGAAAACAUUUGGCAUGUUGUCAUAUGAUGCAGGUUAA